GACUGGUGGUGGUGUAUCUCACAAGCCUCGACUCGCACUCUCUCUCCUCUCUCUUCUCUCUCUGCGUCUCUGAUUUUGAUGCAUGCAAAGGGACAGAGCGAGGAGAGAGAGGGGUAUCAGUCGUACAAGUAGGAGCAGGACAGUGUGAUUUUACUGCCACUGUGUUCCCUCCUCUCUCCUCAGUCCUCCCUCGUCACAGCCUCGGCUCCUUGCAUCUCCUUUUGCUUCCUCCCCUCUCGCACAAAGCAUCGCGGAGUGCGUGAGGGAGAGAGAGAGGAGUUGGAGGAGGAAGAGAGAUACUGACUGCUAAAGGCGAAAGAGAAAAGGCAAAGUUGUUAAUCCGGUGCGUGCGCCGUGCACCCUGAGACGAGAACGAGAUGCCUUGAUAAGAACGAGAGAUUUCUAGUGGAAUUUGGCGGCGCGGCGUGGCUCACCGGCGACCGGCGAUGCUGCGGAGGAUGGUGUCCGACCCGGCCCCGGUCUCCUCCGGCGGGGGCGGUGAGGCCAGGCCCCGCGGCGGCGCCGCGCUCUUCGCCGUGCCGCGGCUGUUCGUCGUGCUCGCCCCGAAGCGCGCGCCGGACGGCGAGUCGUCGCGGAGCCCGACGUCGCCGCUUGACCCCAAAGCGCUGCUGCUCCGGUCGCCGCGCUCGCCGAGGACCUGGGACACGGAGCCGGUGGGGCGCGGCCUCGUGGACGCCCUCGCCGGCGACGCCAAGAACUGCCUGCUCAGCCCGCGCCUGCGGCUCAAAUCGUACAGCUCCCUGCCCAAAAACUUCGGCGGCGGCGGCGGCCAUUCGCAGCCGGAGCUCGGCAAGACGAUGUCUUGCCCCGCCCCGGACACGGCUGCCGCCGGCGGCAUGUCAGUGCCGUGCAGCAGGUUCUUCCACGGGGAUCUGAAGUCUGGUCCGGAGGCCACCCAGUCGGAUGGCGCUCACCUCAAUAAUGCCAAGCGGCACGCGUUCGGUCUCGGCAAACUCCCGGGGCCGGGCUCGCUGCCGGCAUCCAUAGCCGCCGGCGCCCGGCGGUUCAUCGGGUCGGUCUCGGCGAGCGAGAUCGAGCAGUCGGAGGACUACACUUGCAUCAUUGCUCGCGGCCCCAACCCCAAGACGACCCACAUCUUCGGGGACUGCAUCUUGGAGCCCCAUACGGUUGGGGAGACAGACGAGGCCGUCAUGGAAGUGCAGGAAGGAGCUGCAGAGUCCUACUGGGUGGUCAAGUGCGCCCCGGAGGCCGCCGCCACCACCGUGGACUUCUUGGGUUCUUGCUUCACUUGCAAGAAGAAGCUGGAUGGCAACGACAUUUACAUUUACCGUGGCGAGAAGGCAUUCUGCAGCGCCAAUUGCCGGGACCAAGAGAUCCUGAUCGAAGAGGAAGCCGAGAACAACACCACCAGCGGCUCAUCCUGCUCCUCCUUCCACGACGACAUCUUCAUGGCCGGCAUGGUCGUCGCGACAUGACCUCCGGCGCAUUUGCACUGAAUUUUUCCUCCUUGCAUCAUACAAGGGGAUAGAUGAUCCUAGACGAUCGAUCACCGGUGCACAUCGCCGUUCAUCAUCAGUUUGUUGUUUUUGAUUCAGCAACUGAUGAUGAAGUAGAAGCGGUGUUCAUGGUGGGUCAUUGUCGCUAGUCCUGGAAACUUGCAGAGAUCUGGGUUUUUUUAGAAAGGGAGAGGUCGCCUGCCUGCCUGCCUUUAGCACUGUAGUUUUGAUCCUAAGGCUGCUGGCCAGUGCCCCCCACCCCCAUCCUUUCUUUCUCUUUUCACUUUCUUCUUUCCUACUCUUAGCAGCAGUGACUGUGUCUGCACAUUGCUGCAUUGUUCUGUCUCUGAGAUAAUGACAUUGAGCUGCUUUGAGUCA